GAAGACUCCUCAGACACGUUGAGGGGGAGUUACCAAGCCCAGGCAGCAAAAACAUCCCGCCACAUUCCUGGGGAGUCCUCAGCUGCCAGCAUCUGAUUAGAACCAUAUCUCUCUCUCUCCGGGAGUGGCCUCGGCUCUGAGGCUCCCGGCCGGCGGCUAUUUAAGCGGAACCCACCGUGUCCUCGGCGCUGCAGCCUGGAGGCUCAGGACGCGGGGAAGUCAUGCUGGCUCCGCGCAGGCACUAGUCAGCUCAAUAAUGGAUGCAGUCCUGCUAUGACUUCCUGCAGCCAGAAUCUGUGGAAGCUUCUGUGAGGUGCCAGCAUACACUACUUUCCUGAGCACAACUGCCUGUCUAAGCAGUUCUGUGGAUAAGUGAAACUCUUAGCAUCCGCCUUCUGACAUCAGUUACAGUCUUAUCAAGCUCAGCAGGUGUGAGUCGUGGGUUAUGUUCAUUUGAGACUUGCCGAUUGGGGAUUGUCUGUUGCCAGUGAGUGUCUGCUGCUGGAUUUUCAGCUUGUCUUCCUGUCAUGUCUAACGAAGUAGAGACAAACACAACCAACGGUCAGCCUGACCAACAGGCUGCACCAAAAGCGCCAUCAAAGAAGGAAAAGAAGAAAGGUUCUGAAAAGACAGAUGAGUAUCUGCUGGCCAGGUUCAAAGGUGAUGGUGUGAAAUACAAGGCCAAGCUAAUUGGUAUUGAUGAUGUGCCUGAUGCAAGAGGAGACAAAAUGAGCCAAGACUCUAUGAUGAAACUCAAGGGAAUGGCAGCAGCUGGUCGGUCUCAGGGACAACACAAGCAAAGGAUCUGGGUCAACAUUUCCCUGUCUGGCAUAAAAAUUAUUGAUGAGAAAACUGGGGUAAUAGAGCAUGAACAUCCAGUAAAUAAGAUUUCCUUCAUUGCUCGUGAUGUGACAGACAAUAGAGCAUUUGGUUAUGUGUGUGGAGGAGAAGGCCAGCAUCAAUUUUUUGCCAUUAAAACAGGGCAACAGGCUGAACCAUUAGUCGUCGAUCUUAAAGACCUUUUUCAGGUUAUCUAUAAUGUAAAGAAAAAGGAAGAAGAAAAGAAAAAGGUUGAAGAAUCCAACAAAGCAGAAGAGAAUGGGAGGGAGGCUCUAAUGACCCUUGAUGAUCAAGCUAACAAGCUGAAGCUGGGUGUUGACCAGAUGGAUUUGUUUGGGGACAUGUCUACACCUCCUGACCUAAAUAGUCCAACAGAAAGCAAAGAUAUCCUGUUAGUGGAUCUAAACUCUGAAAUCGACACCAAUCAGAACUCUUUAAGAGAAAAUCCAUUCUUAACAAAUGGCGUCACCUCCUGCUCUCUCCCUCGACCAAAGCCUCAGGCAUCCUUCUUGCCUGAAAAUGCCUUUUCUGCCAAUCUCAACUUCUUUCCCACCCCUAAUCCUGAUCCCUUCCGUGAUGAUCCUUUUGCACAGCCAGACCAAUCGGCACCCUCUUCGUUUGAUUCUCUCACAUCUCCAGAUCAGAAGAAAGCGAAUCUGAGUAGCUUGUCUACUCCGCUGAGUAAAGGGCCCCUGAACGGUGGUACUGAUUACUUUGGGCAACAAUUUGACCAGAUCUCUAACCGGACUGGCAAACAGGAAGCUCAGGCAGGCCCAUGGCCCUAUCCAAGUUCGCAAACCCAGCAAGCAGUGAGAACUCAAAAUGGGGUAUCUGAAAGAGAACAGAACGGCUUCCAUAUCAAAUCUUCCCCGAACCCUUUUGUGGGAGGCCCUCCCAAAGGACUCUCGGUACCGAAUGGCGUAAAGCAGGACUUGGAAAGCUCUGUCCAGUCCUCCACGCGUGACUCCAUAGCUAUUAUCCCACCUCCACAAAGUACCAAACCAGGAAGAGGCAGAAGGACUGCUAAGUCUUCAGCAAAUGACUUGCUUGCAUCAGACAUCUUUGCCUCAGAACCUCCAGGUCAGACAUCUCCCACAGGACAGCCUGCAGCCCCACAGACCAACCCUCUGGAUCUCUUCAAAACAAGUGCCCCUGCCCCAAUGGGGACCCUUGCAGGUCUAGGUGGUGUUCCAGUGUCACCUCCCCAAGCAGGACCUUGGACACCUGUUGUCUUCAGCCCUCCUACAGCUGUGGUCCCAGGAGCCAUAAUAAGUGGCCAGCCUCAAGGUUUUGGUCAGCCACUCGUUUUUGGCACCACGCCAGCAGUUCAAGUUUGGAAUCAGCCUUCGACGUUUGCAGCCCCCACUUCUCCUCCAGCCUCUGCAGUUUGGUGUCCUACCCCCUCCGUGGCACCCAAUGCUUGGUCAUCCACAAGCCCUCUGGGGAAUCCUUUUCAGAGUAAUAUCUUCCCACCUUCUGCCAUGUCCACUCAGUCCUCUCCUAUGCUGUCCUCUGCCAGCAUGGCCACACCUCCUCAACCACCGCCCAGAAAUGGGCCACUAAAGGACAUUCCCAGUGAUGCUUUCACUGGCUUAGACCCACUUGGGGAUAAAGAAGUCAAGGAAGUGAAGGAAAUGUUUAAGGACUUCCAGUUGCGGCAGCCACCUGUCCUGCCCUCAAGGAAGGGAGAGCUACCUCCCUCGGGGACUUCAAGUGCCUUCUCUAGUUACUUCAACAGUAAAGUUGGCAUUCCUCAGGAGCACGUAGAUCAUGAUGAUUUUGAUGCCAAUCAACUGUUGAACAAGAUUAAUGAACCACCAAAGCCAGCUCCCAGACAAGGUGCCGUCUCGGGUACCAAGUCUGUUGACAAUUCCCUUGAGAACCCUUUCUCUAAAGGAGGCUUCAGCUCAUCACAGCCCUCCGGGGCUUCUCAGCCCGCAUCUUCUGAUGUCCACAGGAGCCCUUUUGGAAAUCCUUUCGCCUAGCUUCUGAAGUUGUAACGCUGGCUAUCCGGAUGAACAAAAGACUGGCUUUAGUCAAGGACAAAGCUGAUAGCCAGAAACAUCUGACUUCUGUCCUUGUUCCAGCUUUGACGUAUUACCUGUUGCCUUACUCGUCUUUGCCUCUUGUACUUGUAAAACGCCUUUCACUUUCUGUCUAGGCUAAAGCUAAACUGAGGCUAUGGCUUUACGUAAAUUAAGCUCCGAAACUCUCUAGCUCAAAUAUAAAUGAAGUAGCUCCCCUACCAAAUCCUUGUUUCUUGUGCCCCUAGAACCUUCCAGAAUGCUCUCCUUUCUUCCCUCAGCUGGGAGGUUCAGCCACCCUAACCCUCAUAUCACACUGCCUUGAGUGAAUGUCCAAAUCCGCAGAGCUCAAAGUCAUUUGGGUUCCCGGUGUGCAGCACAAACCUAAACAUCCUAUUAAUGGGACAGCAGGGCACCUGCUUCCCAUCUCCACUCAGGAAAAAAAAAACUGAGUAAAACAAAAGCAAGACUAACUUCUCACAUACAAACUAGGACCAUUUCAAGAUGAUCAUUUCCCAGCUAAUUGCAUCAUUUACCAAACCUGUCCCAAGAGGUGCUCACAACUGACUUGCGGAGGAGAAAAUUCUAACUCUAAACUUGACGCAUUAGUCAAAGCUAAUGAAACAAUUAAUCCCCCUCCCCCACUCCCCAUCCCUGGGGCCUCAAAUUGUUUUCAUUCCAGACAUUAUGCAGCUGUUUGACCUGGUGAUCUUAUGGCCUGAAUUUUCCUUGAAGAUCCUAAUUUUAUUUCAUGUGAUUUUUUUUCUCAAUAAAGAUGAUUGUUUGUGCAUUACUAAAAAAA